AAUGGAAUAAUAAUUUUAAGGUGGUUGUCAUUGCCAAAAGGUUCAAUUUGAGUUUUAAGGACCUCUAGAGUUGGAAGUAAUCAGAUGUCAUUGCUCAAUUUGCAAAAUGAAACAAAAUCAUCAUGUGUUGAUAGACAAUUCCAAAUUUAAAUUGCUCACAAGUAUGGAAGAGCUUACUCUCUAUACCUUCAAUACAAAGCAAGUAACAUUGACACAUUUUAAAUACAAGGCUAAACAUUACUUUUGUAAAACCUGUGGAGUGCAAUCCUUUUUUUAUCCCAGAUUCAACCCUAACAUGAUUGCUGUAACCAUUUACUGUGUGCAAUUACCGAAUAAUGUUAAGUUGACAUAUGUGACUUAGGGACUUGAAUAAUAAAUUAAAGAAACUAUUCAACAAUGA